AUGGGACUUCACUUAGACACACCGCUGACGUCAGUGGAAGGACUGCGCGAUUUGAAAUUUUCGACGGAAGAACUGACGUCACAUGUCACAGCUCGGGACCUUCUCAGUCACAGGACGGGCAUUCUCAACUACGACAAGGCCAGACUGAAUGGAGAAAUAACGUUAGACAACCUUGCUGAACACCUACCGGAUUUCGAAGCAGGCUAUCCUCUCAGAAGCAAAUUCCUGUACAACAACCUCAUGUAUGGCCUAGUUGGUCACGUGACACAACGUCUGACCGGGAAACGCUGGGCAGAUGCCGUGCAGGACGAGUUGUUGACACCAUUACGCAUGCUCAAUACCGCCGUUCUCAACUCCACCAAUUAUGAACAAUUUCAUCUGCCGACACCUUACCAUUUUCCCUAUGACAAACCUGAUGCACGUCGAGAAAUAUCAACUGAUAUCUUGAAAUUAUGGUCAAUGAAUCCCCCAUCAAUGGCUAUCGUUUCCGAUGCAAUAGACAUGGGGAAAUGGCUACUGUUUCAACUUAACGAAGGCAAGGCGGAGGGCGGCCUUCAAGUAGUUUCGAAGAAAGCCCUUGCAGAAGUUUACAGACCAGUGAUUCUAGCACUUCAUCCCCGCAACAAACUAACAGUCCGGCCCACUACUCCGGUCACAUUGCUUUUUGAAGAAUAUGGCUGUGCUUGGAAAAGUGGCCAUUACCGAGGAUACCCUAUAGUGGCGCACACCGGGUCAACUCACGGAUUUUCUUCCAUUCUCGCAUUUAUUCCAUCAAAACAGAGUGGCAUAUAUUUGAAUUUCAACGCAAACGACAGGCCUCACUUGCGAAGGCACGUGUUGAUGGCGCACUUGUUGGACGUCGUUUUGGAAGAGAGACCAUGGCUGAACAGCUCCACGAUUUGCUCAUUUCCCGCGCCAUUCGCUCAGUGGCAACACAUCCCCAAGUCUGGAGUGAACAAAACCCCGGAUACAGUUGGAGCAGGAACAAGACCACUCAACAAUUAUGCUGGGCAAUAUCAUCACCCUGUAUUUGGCACCGUCACUGUAGUACAUAACGCCACAGAGCCGUUUCUCCGCAUGUUUUAUGGACCGCUAGGACAGUGGGUGCUUCAUCCUAAUAAAUCUGAUGAAUUUUAUGGGGAGGGCGAGGGCGCCGUUUGGAACUUUGUUCUUUCGGGUCUCAAGUUCAGUAGCCAAAACAAAAAAGGUGGUGAAAUUGAUGUUUUAGUCAUAACAUCUUUUGAAGAGAGAAAACCCCCAAUUUUCCUGAAGGUGACGGGAAUACAGACGACAUAUGUUUCGGAUAUAGGCUUUCUCUCUUACCUUAUGUUAGGUUUGUUUACUUUACUGGCAAGGUAUAAGUUGAAAAAGUAAAUUUGAACAUUAAAAUCGUUUAAAAUUAAAGGAAAUUAUUUUUGUACAUGUAUAUAUCUGAGCGAUAGGAUUGCGGAGGCUUAGGUCUUGCCUACAGCGAUAAGGGCCUACUAGCCUACAGGCCUAACUUAUAUAUAUUUGACUCCUAUUUAUUAGUAGUUUUAAUAGUUUUGUUUAGUCAAUCAAAUAACCCACCCAACAUGGAAUGUAACGCAUCCAUUAAAGAUGCAUACAAAGUCAAUUUUUUGUCACAAAAACCAACCAAAUGCCAGCAUAUAG